CCUGUAAUGAGCAGAUCUGAGAGAGAGAGAGAGAGAGAGAGAGGGAGAGGGAGAGAGAGAGAGAUUCAAACACACCGACAGCUGAGAUAAACGAUAAGAAGCAGCGAUACAAGCAAAGCAGGCACGCACUCUCCCUGGAUACACAUCAGAACGGAAGGCUCUGAACCUGGAUUUAUCACUGAUGCGCAAACACUGGAUUGUGAUGUGGACCUGAAAGAGCGUGAGGAGAAAGCAAGCAAGAUAGAUAGACAGGGAGGGAGAGAGAGAGAGGGAGAGAGAGAGAGAGAGAGAGGGAGAGAGGGAAACAGAGACAGCAACCAUACAACGGAUUAAUAACGCUGGAUUGUCUGCUGUCCUGCUGAUCCAUCCAUCUCCUGUUACCUAAACGACAGCGUUCAUAGCAAGCAAUCACGCGCCUCCUGUUUUUUUUCUUCAUUCUUCUCUUUCUUUCAUCCCUUCAUCAGCAGCAUCAUCCGCAGCGUGAUGAUGUCGGGCGGGGGGUUUGGGUGCUGACGCUUGUACAACAAGACAGGAGCCUCCUCCUCCAUACACUCUUAGAAAAGAAGGUUCUUGGGUUUAUCCCCCUGGAGGAACCCUGAAAGCUGGCAUGUAGAACCUGACCAUACCAAGCAAGAAUCAUCCAAAGAACCCGAGAGGAACCCUUUUUUCUAAGAGUGUGUUAGAGUAGACUUGUGUAAAUGCUGCACAAGCGCUUCCUCCACCGAACAGGUUUCUAAAAAGGUGGAGCCUCGGGGAGCUGAAGAUCAGGGCCUGAGAAGCCCUGCACAUCCGAGUCGCUGUGCUCGUGUCGCCCGGCGCGUGAUGGCUGGCGUGGGCCUUCCGCUGUGUCCAUCUCCGAGACGCAGUCGCCGGAGACUGGCUCGGGAAUAAUAACCUCGUUCUCUGGGAGCAGGAUGGUGUGAGCAACAUCCCGUGUUAUUUUUUUCUUUCAGCCUCUUUUUUCAGUUUGAGUUGUUGUCACUUAGAGCAACGUCUGACUGACAGGGAUAUUUCCAGUUUAAGCAAAGUCUUCCACUCUUGUUUUCGUUCCCUUCCCCUCCCACCACCACCACCACCCAUCCCUUGAUCUUUUUUUUUUAUUUUCUUUUUCUUUUUCCGAGAUUUGUGGACUUUUGCCAAGCCCUAUUUCAUGCAUGUCCACUGGGGGCAGGUUCAACUUUGACGAUGGGGGGUCUUACUGUGGCGGGUGGGAUGAAGGCAAGGCCCACGGCCAUGGCAUCUGCACGGGGCCCAAAGGCCAGGGCGAGUACGCUGGGGCAUGGAGCCAUGGUUUCGAGGUCCUGGGUGUAUACACAUGGCCAAGUGGCAACACCUUCCAGGGCACGUGGGCGCAAGGCAAACGCCACGGCAUCGGCGUGGAGAACAAGGGCAAGUGGGUGUACAAGGGGGAGUGGACGCAUGGAUUUAAGGGGCGCUACGGAGUGCGGGAGAGCACCGGGGCCAGUGGCAAGUAUGAGGGCACGUGGAACAACGGGCUGCAGGAUGGAUAUGGAACUGAGACCUACUCAGAUGGAGGUACAUACCAGGGCCAGUGGGUGGGCGGUAUGCGGCAUGGCUAUGGCAUCCGUCAGAGCGUCCCGUACGGCAUGGCAGCCGUGAUCCGCUCUCCACUGCGCACGUCCAUUAACUCUCUGCGCUCGGAGCACAGUAAUGGCACGGCGGGGACGCCAGGCACGGGAGGAGGCAUCAGCCCGGCAGCGUCGCGUGGUGGCUUUGUCCUGACAGCUCACAGCGAGGCGGAGCUUCUGAAGGCCAAAAAGAAAGGCCUGUUCUUCCGGCGCUCACUGCUCAGCGGCCUACGUCUGCGCAAGUCUGAGUCAAAGAGCUCGCUGGCCAGCCAACGCAGCAAGCAGAGUUCAUUCCGGAGUGAGGCGGCCAUGAGUACAGUGAGCUCUGCCGCCUCAGACGUCAACUCCACCAUCAGCCUGGGCGAGGCCGAGGGGGAGCUCCUGCCUACCAGCACCAACACCAACGAUGACGCCAACGAAGAUGAUGGCGUGGACGCUACGGCCACCGAGAGCUACGCGGGCGAGUGGAGGAACGACAAGCGUGCUGGCUGUGGCGUGAGUCGACGCUCUGACGGUCUCUGUUACCAAGGCGAGUGGUUGAGCAACAAGCGUCAUGGCUAUGGCUGCACCACCUUUCCUGACGGCACCAAGGAGGAGGGAAAGUACAAACAUAAUGCGCUGGUCAGCGGCAAACGCAAGAAUCUGAUCCCGCUACGUGCUAGCAAGAUCCGUGAGAAGGUGGACCGUGCCAUCGAAGGUGCAGAGAAGGCAGCUGAAAUUGCAAAGCAGAAAGCAGAGAUCGCUUCGUCCAGGACGGCCCAUGCGAGGGGGAAGGCGGAGGCAGCCACGAUGGCAGCACAGAAAGCGCAGGAGGAGUGCAGACUGGCCAGAAUCGCAGCGAAAGAGUUCUCACCUUCGUUUCAGCAUCGAGGAAACGGAGUGGAGUGUGAGAGGCCGAAGCCACAGCCCUCGAGUGAUAACGACGUAGAGAUGAUGUCUAGCGAGACUCCGGACAGCACUGAGCUCUACAUGAAGGGCUCGACUCCUCCAGAGCUCACUCCCGAUGCCAGCCCAGGUCCGAGUCCCACCUCCAAACCUCGGGCCCGCCCCAAAAACGCCCGCUUCUUGCGUCAGAGUGCGGUGGACGACGAGAGGGGUGGAGCCUCAGAAAUUCAGGUUCUGGUGGAGGGCCGAAGCCACGGGAGGCCGAGUGCCGGGAGCGGAUUAGGAGAGGAAUACCUGAGAACGGCCAACACCAACGGACACCGGCACUCCUCAUCCAAUCACAAGGCCUCGUCACGGGAGCACGGCUCGUCCAAUCACAAACCGUCCUCACGGGAGAAGUGGGCGGAGUGGACUUCGCACCGGACGCAGACGCGACUGCUUGAGCAGGACGAGGAGAAGCUGAGCAACUACGAGAUGGAGAUGAAGCCGUUGCAGCCCAUGGACUCCAACUCCCAGAAGCCCUAUGGGCAAGGGGAGGAGCGCCACCGGGGCAAGAACCGGGGCAAAAACCGGGACAGGGAGAGAGACAGGGAGAGAGACAGGGACAGAGAGAAGGAGAGAGACAGAGAGAGAGAGGACGCGACACGGCCCGGUGUGGAGUCGGUGCAAAAGCUGGACAGUCUACGUGUAGGAGAGAAACUGGAGGCUCGGCCUCUGCGCAGGGACCUCAUGCUCUCGCCCCCGCAAAAAUCCUCACCCAUUGCACUAGAACACGACAACGAGAAACACACACAGCUCAAAGCCAACUCGGGCUCCAGCUCUAUUCUGGUUGUCAUGGUGAUUUUGCUCAACAUCGGAGUUGCCAUUCUGUUUAUUCACUUUUUUAUUUAAUACUCUUGUCAUUUCCUUUAUUCCCUCUUUAUUUAUCUUCUUCAUGAUUUGGUUCUGAGUGUUUAUCGGCUCAGGCUACGUCUGAUCUGAUUAAAGGAAGAGUGAAUCAUGAGGACAAAGGAAGGAACGAAAGAAGAAAGGAAGGAAGGAAGGAAAAAGGAAGGAAGGAAGGAAGGACACACAAAAAUGAAUUUACAGUCAACUCGGGGCUCAACAUGUUUUUCUCUCCAUUUCUCCAAAGAGCUCUUGUUUUUCUUGGCUUUUUUUCUUUAGUAUUAAUGUUUUAAGAUUCCUCAUCACUACACUAGUUUUUUAAACUGCCUUUUUGGCGUUCUUGACUUUUCCAUAGCUUUUUCUUUGUUGUUGUUGCUUUUUUUUUGGCUACUGGAUUCAAAUAAAUGGUGGUGGUGCUGCUGUGAGACAUGGAGGUUGUGUGUGAAAUGCGUGAGCUGGCAGGUGAAGUGUUGUGAUGAUGUCACUGGAUGUCUGAACCCACCGGCCCUCCGUCCCAUCAACCCAUCACCCCCAUCGCCCCAUCACCCCCAUCCCUCCCAUCAGUCCCAUGGACCCCAUCACCACCAUCACUCCAUCAGUCCCAUCCAAUCGCCUCCAUCACCCCAUCAGUCCCAUCACUGCCAUCACUCCAUCACUCCCAUCCAAUCGCCCCCAUCACCCCAUCACUCCCAUCAGUCCCAUCCAAUCGCCCCCAUCAGUCCCAUCGCUCCCAUCACCCCAUCAAUCCCAUCUAAUCGCUCCCAUCACCCCAUCACUCUCAUCAGUCCUGUCACUCCCAUCAGUCCCAUCACUCCAUCACUCCCAUCCAAUCGCUCCCAUCACUCCAUCACCCCAUCACCCCCAUCCAAUCACCCCCAUCACUCCCAUCACCCCCAUUGCAUCACCCCUAUCACUCCAUCACUCCUAUAACCCCCAUCUUCCCCAUCACCCCCAUCACUCCCAUCACCCCCAUCCAAUAACCCCCAUCACCCCUAUUACUCCCAUGACCCCCAUCGAUCCCAUCACCUCCAUCACUCUAUUCCUCCAUCUACUUCAUCUCAUUCUCAUUCCUGGUCAGGAAGAGCCGUGUCAGUAACUUUAGAAUCAGGACAGGUUCUGUUCUGGAGAGCACAAAACAACAAUUCACACAUUUUCACAACAUGUUCAGGCACAAAAUCAAGCUGAAAGCCGAAACAGUUUACACUCAUUUUCUGUCAGCAUCAGAGACAAAGCGCUCAGAUUAACAUGGAGGUCCAAUUAGCUGUUGCUUUAAAAAAAUAAUCCAGGAUUUUACACUCUAAUAAAUAUCAGCUGGGUUUAAACAGAGUCAGUUUGGACCACCUCAUCUAAGAGAGUGUUUUUAAGGUUUAAAAUAUUUCAUGACAGUUCCAAACCUUUACUGUGAAAUUCCACAUAAUACACACAAAAUAGCCGAUUAAUACACAAAUCCAUUAACAUGUUUUAAACUCUGAAAUUCUUCUACUGUGUAAUGAUUCAUACAAUGACAACGACAAUGUAAAACCAACAGUGGUUUCAUCGCUGGUUAAAAAAUUGACCAAUCAGGACGCUCUGGUAGUUUAUCAUGGAAAAACUCAUUUACCACGUGUGCAUCUACACAGAAAUGGAUGUUUAUUAACCCUACACAUUCUGAGCAUGGCUAAGCUCAUUUGCAUAAUGAAAUGCCCCCAAAUCACCAUAUAUGGUCAACACUUUCUAAAGUGGCCCAAAAAACAACUUGUUUCUCUAAAUAUAUAAUUAUAAUUAUAUUACAGAUAUAUAUUUAUAUUAUAGAUUUUCUGCCUAUGUGUACAUUCUAUUUACAUUUAUAAAACCUUCACUGGAGUGAAAAUCCCACACUUUUUAGCCAUCAGUCAGCUAAUUCUCACUGAAUGUCAGUUUACCUGUCAUUUCACCUUCCCAGCACUAGGGGGGGUCUGCAUGCUGGGUCAGGGAUGUGCGUAAAUAUAACGGUCAUGUACUUGUAGAGAAGUGCGUACACACGCUUAAAUAAACCAGACUGUUUUUAUACAGUACAGAGUCAUUUCUAGCGCUUUUACUAGCAAGUUUAUUUUAAAAUAGUUUCAGCAGAACUGUCAUCAAGAUAUUUUAUUUCCUUCAAAGUUUAAACCAGCUGUCUGACCAUUUUAUUUCCUCAUCUUCCCCGGAAUAUAAAUCCAAAUUUUAACCUAACCAUUUGGGCUUUUAAUUUGGGCUACAUUUCAUUCUUACACCACAUCAUUAUCAAUUCUAUAUUAUAUUCCUGAGAGUAGACUCAUAUUCACACAUUUCAUCCAAUGUUUUUGGUUUAAAAACCGUCCGAAUGUUGGAAGAGGGCUAACACACGAAGCUAUUAAAUCCCGACAGGGUGCCAUUAAUUAUGGAGGAACAUCAGCACCCACUCACUCCACCGCACAAACCCACCUGAGGAAGCUGCUGAGGUCCACCUGAGUGUCAGAGACUGUUAACGUUUUUGUUUUUUCCUUCAAAAAAAAAAAAACUGCUGCUUUCAAAAUAAAUAUUUAUUGAAAAAUUAUUUAAAGAAAAAAAAAAAAGAUUUUUUAGCUAUUUGCAAGAUGUCUGGAAAAAAUGCCGACUGCCUUGUUUUUUUUAAAGAGACCAAUCUGCAUGCUGAUGUAUGGUUUAGUUUUGUAAAGCUACCUUCUGAGACAAAUACGGAUAUAAAAGUCUUCUAGUUUUGGAAGCAGUACACGGUUGCUUAUUAUUUUUAUUUAUGAAUUUAUUUGUGUACAUUUUUUUUUUCUUAAACCCUAACAAAACUGUUGAAUCUACCCCGGCACUGCAGUGACGUCUUUCCAAAAAAAACAACAAAAAAACAAACAAAAAAAAACUAUCUUUCAGAAGGCACCAGAGAUGAACUCCUCAUCCAACCAAAAGGGAAUAACUCGAAGAGAUGCGACCACUUUAUUUUUUUUUCUAUCCAGCUCACUGAACUCAAAGACUCUGAGCUGUGUGUGGUUUUUUUUAUAGCAUGUGUGUGUAUGGGGCCUGUAUCUCCCGCCUGAGUCACUGAUCGCUCACAGUCUGUGCUCUCUCCCUUUAUCUCUCUUUUCCUCUCUUCUCCCACCACAACAAUUUUCAAAAAGAAAAGAAAAAUUGUGAAAAUGGUAAUGGAAAGGAACGGAAGAAAAAGAAGAAGAAAAAAAAGGAGGCCAAACCAGUAGAGUUCCAGUGCUGGGUUUAACGUGCCCUCGUCCACCGGCGGGACUUCGGUAAUAGCACUUUAUUACUGUCCUUAAGUAUUAUUCUGUCAGAUUUAUACUUUCAUUAAGUGAAAAAUACUAGUUUAGACCUGAUCACUAAUCUCUUCUCUUUGGAGCAUUUUAUGUACAUUUUAUUUCAACAUCAACAUGAAAAAUAAACAAUACUGCCAAUC